AUGUCCUCUCAUCAGUCCGUACCACCGAGCCGGAGGACUGUGGACACCAGGCAUCUGCCCAACCCUGCCUCUCUACCUCUGCAACUCCAACGAGCAACUGAAGUGGGGCUUGUGGACUAUCACGGACAUCAUGCCCGAGAUUACAGCUCCCACCUGGGGCAACCUCACCGCCGCCGACCCUCGCUGCUGUCGGAGUUUCAGCCUGGGAUUGAGAGGGGACAGGAGCAGCACAUUCGCUAUGAGCACAUAUAUCUGCCUGAGCACAGUGGCCAAUCAGAGGUGGACUAUGCGGAGAUCAAACGGCCCCGGUUGGAAAUGGAGAGUCUGAUACGGUCCACCUCCCACAGGCAGUCUUUGCCUCUGGGAGGGCCGGAGGACCUGGCAAAGGAGCGUGGAGGUGGCAUGGGGAAGCUGGAGCCCAUCUCUCCGGUGAGUCCGGUGGACCCAGAGUUGGACCUGGUUCCAGCCCGGUUUUCCAAAGAAGAGCUGAUUCAGAACAUGGACCGUGUGGACCGAGAGAUCACUAUGGUGGAACAGCAGAUCUGCAAGCUCCGAAAGAAGCAGCAACAACUGGAGGAGGAAGCAGCGAAGCCCCAUGAGCCAGAGCGGCCCAUUUCCCCUCCACCGAGCGAGGCCAAGCACCGCAGCCUGGUGCAGAUCAUCUAUGACGAGAACCGGAAAAAAGCAGAGGAGGCUCAUAGGAUACUGGAGGGACUUGGACCCCGCGUAGAACUGCCUCUGUAUAAUCAACCGUCCGACACUAAACAAUACCAUGAUAAUAUUAAAAUUAACCAGGCCAUGAGGAAGAAGCUCAUCUUGUACUUCAAGAGAAGAAAUCAUGCUCGCAAGCAGUGGGAACAAAAAUUUUGCCAACGUUAUGACCAGCUGAUGGAGGCCUGGGAAAAAAAGGUGGAGCGCAUUGAGAACAACCCGCGUCGCCGGGCCAAAGAGAGCAAGGUGCGCGAGUAUUACGAAAAGCAGUUUCCAGAAAUCCGGAAACAGAGGGAGAUGCAAGAGCGCAUGCAAAGUCGAGUUGGGCAGCGAGGAGGGAGUCUAGCGUCCGCCGCUCGCAGUGAACACGAGGUCUCUGAGAUCAUUGAUGGGAUUUCAGAACAUGAGAACACAGAGAAACAAAUGCGGCAGUUGGCGGUCAUCCCUCCCAUGCUGUUUGAUGCCGAACAGCAACGCAUCAAGUUCAUCAACAUGAACGGGCUGAUGGGCGACCCCAUGAAGGUCUACAAGGACCGGCAAGUCAUGAACAUGUGGAGCGAGCAGGAAAAGGACACAUUCAGGGAGAAAUUCAUUCAGCACCCUAAAAACUUUGGCUUGAUUGCAUCAUUUCUGGAGAGAAAGACGGUGGCAGAGUGUGUGCUGUUUUACUAUCUCACCAAAAAGAAUGAAAACUAUAAAAACAUUGUACGGCGAAACUACAGACGCCGUGGAAGAAGCCAGCAUGGACAGCAACAGCAACAGCAGCAACAAGUGAACCGGAACAGCCAGGAGGAAAAGGAGGCCGAGAGGGAAGAGGACAAGACUGAAGCUGAGGACAAGGACGAUGGAAUGAAAGAUGACACGUCUGGAGAGGAUGCAGAGGACAAGGAGCCCACGGUGGCUGUUAAGGGUCGACGUACAGCGAACAGCCAGGGGCGCCGUAAGGGCCGCAUCACCCGGUCCAUGACCAGUGAGGUAGAAGAGGCGUCUGCACCGCCGGUCAACAAUGAGCUCGGAAAUUUAGAAAUGAAUGAAAGCUCAAGAUGGACUGAAGAAGAGAUGGAAACUGCUAAAAAAGGCCUUCUACAAUAUGGUAGGAAUUGGUCCGCCAUCGCCAAGAUGGUGGGAUCAAAAACUGUGUCACAGUGCAAGAAUUUCUACUUCAACUACAAGAAAAGGCAGAAAUUGGAUGAGAUUCUGCAGCAGCAUAAAAUGAAAUCGGAAAAAGAGAGGAAGGCUCGGCGUAGGGGCAAGGCUUCACAAAGCGAGGAAGCAAAUGCCCAGUUUGUGGCUGAAGAGGAAGAGAUGGAAGGUUCAGGGGGCAGCGGUAACGAAGAGGAGGCUCCUGAGGAUGGAGAAGGUGGAGCCAACAAUAGCUCUGACACAGAAAGUUUGCCUUCUCCACAUUCGUCUGAGGACUGUAAAGCAAAGGAAGAGGGCACAAGCAAGUCAAAAUCCAACACCAACAGUGCAGAAAAGGAUGGGGGGGGUUCAGACUCAGCCCAGACAGAGGAUGAGAAGCCUGCCGUCAAAGAGGAUGCCGGUGCCUCUGUUAAACUGGAGAUAAAGACUGAGACUGGGGAAGGCUGUAAGGAGCCUCAAGCAGCAGCCAGUGGUGACACACAGGACAAGAAGCCUCCCACUACAGACAUUGAGGAGUCCAAGGUCUCCAAUAAAAGCUCCAAGAAGGAACACAGCGCCAAAGCAGGCUCUCACAGAGACAGUGACUCCAGUGCCACAUGCAGUGCUGAUGAAGUGGAGGAAAAUGACAGCAACGAGAAGUCCAGGAUCACCUCUCCAAGGCCAAGUUUACUCAACUAUUCUCACGAUGGGGUUACAUCGUCGCCGCUGCAGAAACCAAUGGACCUGAAGCAGCUCAAACAAAGGGCUGCAGCUAUACCACCCAUUAUGCCUGAGGCUUCAGUGCAAGGCAAUCAGCGCUGUGGUCCUGGCAAGACGGCACUUCCUCCCCACGCCUAUGAACUGUUCCAGCGGCAGAUCACCCGAGCUCACGGGGAGUCCUCUCAGGACUCGCAGCAGGCCCUGGUCACUCCAGGCAAAGGGCAGCAGUACCCCCCACAGGCUGAGCGUGAAAGCAGCCCUCGUGUUCGCCCACGCAGUCCUUCAAGCAGUGACAAGGAUGAGAAGUCCAGAUCUUAUUCCCCUCACAGUGAAGCUAAGAAGCAGGCACUUGCCCCCGAUGACCUCAGGAUGUCCACGUUAGGUCGUCCCGUCAUGUCUUCCUACCCAGUGUCCCCUCGCGACAUGGCCAAGAUAACCCAUGACCAGCAUCUGCUUCACUACAACUCCUUUCAGCAGUCAGGCCACUCUGCAGUUGGUUUGUCCCAAGAUAGCCGGUUAGCCACAGUUAGACCAAUGGCAAUGCCAGAGCCACCGCCUCUUAUUUCAUCCAGCAAACCGGGAGGUUCAAUAUCAGAGGGCACACCUCUACAACUCCACAGCCCGGCUCACAAUUAUGACCACAGUAAAGCAACCUCAUCGCAGAUGUCUUGGGUUGAUCCAAGGAAAACCGGGGCUUAUCCAGUGGUGAAGCAGGAGCAGUUGUCCCCUCGUAGCUUAUCUCAGGCUGAGUCAUUCCAGGGGGCCUCCCAUGACAAUGCACGAGGUUCCCAUUCAGCUGUGCAGGGAGGCAGUAUUACCAAGGGCAUCCCAGGCACCAGAAUGCACCCAGAACCAGUUUCUUACAGAGGAGGGUCUAUCACUAAGGGCACGCCAGCCGAUGUGUUGUACAAAGGAACCAUCACUCGUCUGAUCACGGAGGACAGCUCCAACCGCACUGAAAGGGAGCGGGACGAGGCGCUUUCCAAGGGCCAUGUGCUCUAUGAGGGCAUCAGUGGACACAUUCUUACUUAUGAUCGCCCCCCAUCCCAGCCACCUAAAGAUGAGAGCAGAGGUGCAGCUGAGGUUCCGGGGCUCAAGCGUGCCUAUGACGUCAUGGAGGGAGGCAUUAGCAGAGGGCUGCCCAUCAGGGACUCACUGUCUGCUGCCAACUGUGAAGGCCUGAUUGGUCGAGCGCUGCCUCAUGACAGAGACAGCCCACACCACACACCUUAUAAAGAUACCCCUCAUAACCGGGGUUCUAUUUCUCAAGGCAUACCUCGUCAUCUGGACCCUCAGGAUGGUUACCUGAGGAGAGAGGCUAAACAGAUGAAGCGAGAAGCGUCCCCGCCCCGUGCCCCGGGGUCCCUGUCUGACCCACUGAAGAGCAGGGAUCCAAUGGUUCCUACUGUGAAAGAACCUGGGCGCUCUAUCCAUUUAAUUCCCAAGGAAGGAAUUAUACCUCAGGUGGCUCCUGUGAAACAAGACUCUCCUGCUUCAGGAAAGCGCCAUGAUGUCCGCUCUAUUAUUGCUAGUUCUCCACGCUCCUACCACACUACUCCUUCACACAUGGAUAUCCGUGGGGAGAGGGCUCGAUAUGAAGAGGCCCCUAAGAGCCGUCCCAGUGCUGUGGUCAGCACAGCCAGUUCUAUGGCCCGUUCAUCACCUCUCACUCUGGGAGCAGACCAGGGUAAAUCUCACCACAGUCCUGUGGGGUAUGAUGAGAAGGGCCCUUUACGGAGCAGUUAUCCUGCGCCGUCACACCGGGGGUCUCCACUGUCCAGGGAGGGAGGACAGAGGCAGCAUGAUGGUUCAAGUAAGAAUCCGUCUCAGGAGAGGAAGACCACACCAUCUCCGAGAGAGAUGAACACCACAAAGUCUCCACUCCCAGACCAGCAGGCCUAUGAACGUCUUCUGCAAGGGUUGGGGGCUGCUGAGGUGUACCGCCAGAUCCCUCUACAAUUCGAUCCUUCAACUAUUCCCCGUGGCAUCUCUAUCGACCCAGCGGCCUACUACUUGCCACGGCACCUCACACCGAAUCCAGCGUACCCUCACCCUUACCCCUACCUCAUCCGAGGCUUCCCUGACACUGCAGCUUUAGAGAAUCGUCAAACUUUGUUCAACGAUUACAUCACCUCUCAGCAAAUGCACCAGUGGCCUGCGGCGGCUGCAAUGGCUGCCCAGCGCUCAGAUCUCCUUCGAGGCCUUGCUCCACGAGACCAGCUGCCCUUACCCUACACCACACCACCACGUGCUAUUCUUGAUUUGUCUCAGGUGAAUCCACACUUAAAUGUCCUCGUACCUCCAGCCCAAGGAGGAGGAGGCUCUCCAAUGGAGCGCAUCACAUACUUGCCUGGGACGAGUGCCUCAUUCCCUGGCAGGCCUUACACCACCUCUCCCAUCUCACCAGUUGGUUCAUCUCACAUGAACAAGAUGCAAAGUUCGUCUUCUGAGCGCGAGCGAGAAAGGGAGCGUGAGCGUGACAGAGAGAGAGACCGAGACAGAGAACGAGAGAAAAGCUCUCAUGGAGUUGUAGAGCAUGCACCCAUUUGGCGACCCGGUACGGAGCACUCUGCUGGCAGCAGCAGCAGUGGAUCUAGGUCGUCCUCUCAGCCCUACAGCCACCAGCACUCCCCUGUGUCUCCACGGAAUCAGGAGAACGUCCAGCAGCGGCCCAGUGUCUUACAUAACACAGGGGGCAAGAGUCUGUCUGUUAGUGAUCACAACAGUUCGUCUGUUCUGCGAUCCAUGCCCCCUGGCUCAGGACGUUACCAGAAUUACCCUGGCCACAUCAGAGCUGGAUUGCCACCUGAGGCCUUUCCACUGGGUAUGGACUCUGCCAAAGAGCAGAGUCGUGAUGGCAGCAAAAAUAGAGGAAUCCCCAAACACUCAGAGCAACAUGGACUCUCAAAUAAAUCAGAUCCCAAGUUGUUGAGCCAUAACCCAUCAGGAAUGUACUAUCCCUCUUCCUCUGCAUCGGGUCGACUCCCGAUGCCACCCCAGUCGGAUAACCCUCCAGGUCGUGGUGAAAGUGGCACUUCAAGUAGGGAAAAGACUCAAAACAAAGCGACGUCCAUUCAGGAACAAGAUCUCCGAGCACUCGGUCAGAAGCUGGAGUCUCACAGUAUGUACCGUCCUCCAUCAGUGGAGAGGAUGUCUCCCGGUCAGCAGCCUCCCUCUCCCUGUGUCAAAGGCAGAGUUGUGACCCUGGCUCAGCACAUCAGUGAGGUCAUAACAAAAGACUACACAAGGCAGAGCCAGCAGCAGAGUUACCAUAGUUCUCCCGUCCUGGAUCUGACCCGGCCGCCCAGUGCCUCGCAGCCCCCUCCGGCCCAACAAGAUGGUGCUACGGGAGGACGGUACUCAGACAGCCUUGGAGGAGAAAGAAACCGAGACCGGUCCCCAUCUCAACCCAAAUCAUCCCCGGUCAGUGUUUCAAAUGACGGCAUUGAGCCGGUGUCUCCAGCUGGAGUCAACUCUGACCCUGAUGCCCAGGGGAGCGCUACUUACCCCAGUGAGCAGGCAGAACAAGGCAUUGGCUCCCGGUCCCCACCCAAUGCGUCUCAACCACCAGCUUUUUUUAGCAAGCUUACAGAGAACACCUCAGCAAUUGUCAAGUACAAGAAACAGGAGAUGAGCAAGAAGAUGACUGUUGUGGGAAAUGAAAAUGAUUUUAAUGCUGGUCAGCCUGGGACCGAGAUCUUCAAUAUGCCAGCAUCCACAGGAGCAGGACCUGUGACAGUCCGCAGCCACCCUGCCCCAGAGGCCCCUGGGAACUCUAUUGGUCUUGAGGCCAUAAUUCGAAAGGCUUUGAUGGGUAAAUAUGACGACCAGGCUGAAGACCGUUCUUCAUCCAAUCCUAGCUCUAGUGGCCAGGCGUCUGGUGUGGAGGGACGUGCUGAAGAUGGCUUUUCUCAAGGAGGGUCAAAGUCCUCAAAAGGCAAUGGAAGAUCCAACGGUCGCAAAACCAAGUCACCGGGACCAGGCUUGUCAGGGGGAGAGCGUCCCUCCUCUGUGUCCUCCGUCCACUCAGAAGGAGACUACAACAGAAGGACCCCACUCAGCAAUAGGGUCCUGGAGGAACGACCUUCAUCGACAGGUUCCGCCCCCACUCCGUAUCCCUACAAUCCUUUGACGAUGCGUUUCCCCAGUGGGACAGUGUCUGCCCCGUCACCCUCUCCAGGCCAGGGAGCUCCGGGCCCUGGUCAACAGGGGCGUUGGGAGGAAGAACCGAAGCCUCUGCUCAUGGAUCAGUAUGAGACACUUUCGGACAGCGAGUGA